AUGAAAGGCGUGAAGCAAGAUGUUAUUGCUUUAACCGCUAAUGAAAUGUUUCCUGAAGCUAUACAAUGCUAUUACAAUGAAGAUAAGAACAUUCACAUACCUGUUGGAACAUAUGACAAAGACUCUGAGUUCAGUUUAAUGAAACUUUACAAAGCACUUUAUGAUGGUCAAGAGAUUGCAUUCGACUUAUGUAAGUCAUGUCAACCUUGCUUUGCUGAAAAGUUCAACUUUUCAAUAACGACUAAAACAAGCUUUAUUCGUAAGUUGAAGUUCUGA